GGAAACUGAGAGAGACAGCGGAAACCACAACACUGAGCCACAGACACAGAGGAAGGAGGAGGGUUUAUGUGAUGCUAUGAAUAUGAACUGAACAAAGUUUAGACAUCAUUUCACCAACUGUUAGGAUGGAGGAAACAUCUCUACUGCAGCUACUCUUUCUGACCUCACUGCUGAGCAGCACAACAAACCAAGCCUCUCUGACUGUGAGUCCCAGCAGCUCUCAGAUGUUUAGAGGACAGUUUGUCUCUCUGAGCUGUGAGGAGGACGACAGCUCUGCUGGAUGGACUCUGAGGAGGAACACAACCAGAGAAACCAGGACUCAGUGUGGAGAUGGCUGGGGAAGAUCUGCUGGUUCUUCCUGUAACAUCAGAUACAUGGACCCAGGGGACAGUGGAGUUUACUGGUGUGAGUCCAGAGAGGGAGCAACCAGUAACAGCAUCACCAUCACUGUCACUGAUGGACCAGUGAUCCUGCAGAGUCCUGUCCUCCCUGUGACGGAGGGAGAAGACCUCACUCUGCACUGUAAAACAAAGAGGUUCUCCAACCUCCCAGCUGGUUUUUAUAAAGAUGGCUCCUUCAUCAGGACUGAGCCUGCAGGUCACAUGACCAUCCACCAUGUUUCCAGGUCUGAUGAAGGCCUCUACAAGUGCAACAUCAGCAGUGUUGGAGAGUCUCCAUCCAGCUGGGUCUCUGUCACAGUUCUGACCUCACUGCUGAGCAGCACAACAAACCAAGCCUCUCUGACUGUGAGUCCCAGCAGCUCUCAGAUGUUUAAAGGACAGUCUGUCUCUCUGAGCUGUGAGGAGGACGACAGCUCUGCUGGAUGGACUCUGAGGAGGAACACAACCAGAGGAACCAGGACUCAGUGUAAAGACUGGGGAAUAUCUGCUGGUUCUUCCUGUAAAAUCAGCCUCAUGGCCCCAUCGGACAGUGGAGUUUACUGGUGUGAGUCCAGAGAGGGAGCAACCAGUAACAGCAUCAACAUCACUGUCACUGGUGGACCAGUGAUCCUGCAGAGUCCUGUCCUCCCUGUGACGGAGGGAGAAGACCUCACUCUGUACUGUAAAACAGUGUGGUCCUACAACCUCCCAGCUGAUUUCUAUAAAGAUGGCUCCUUCAUCAGGACUGAGCCUGCAGGUCACAUGACCAUCCACCAUGUUUCCAGGUCUGAUGAAGGCCUCUACAAGUGCAACAUCAGCAGUGAUGGAGAGUCUCCAUCCAGCUGGGUCUCUGUCACAGUUCUGACCUCACUGCUGAGCAGCACAACAAACCAAGCCUCUCUGACUGUGAGUCCCAGCAGCUCUCAGAUGUUUGAAGAUGAAUCUGUCUCUCUGAGCUGUGAGGAGGACGACAGCUCUGCUGGAUGGACUCUGAGCAGGAACACAACCAGAGAAACCAGGACUCAGUGUGGAGAUGGCUGGGGAAGACCUGCUGGUUCUUCCUGUAACAUCAGCUACAUGGCCCCACGGGACAGUGGAGUUUACUGGUGUGAGUCCAGAGAGGGAGCAACCAGUAACAGCAUCAACAUCACUGUCACUGGUGGACCAGUGAUCCUGCAGAGUCCUGUCCUCCCUGUGACGGAGGGAGAAGACCUCACUCUGCACUGUAAAACAAAGACGUCCUCCAACCUCCCAGCUGGUUUCUAUAGAGAUGGCUCCUUCAUCAGGCCUGAGGUUGCAGGUCACAUGACCAUCCACCAUGUUUCCAGGUCUGAUGAAGGCCUCUACAAGUGUCUCAUCAGCAGUGUUGGAGAGUCUCCAUCCAGCUGGGUCUCUAUCACAGAGAAACCUACGACCACAAGCUCUCCUUGGAGCUCUCUGCCGCCCCCGACCUCAGACCCCAGCCUUGUGGUCAUACUGGUCUGCCACCUGCUGGUGUUCUGUCCGUACUGCAUCUCCACUUUCAUCAUGGUGUCUUUUUAUGUCCAUUUCUCUUCAGUUCUGACCUCACUGCUGAGCAGCACAACAAACCAAGCCUCUCUGACUGUGAGUCCCAGCAGAUCUCAGAUGUUUAGAGGACAGUUUGUCUCUCUGAGCUGUGAGGAGGACGACAGCUCUGCUGGAUGGACUCUGAGGAGGAACACAACCAGAGAAACCAGGACUCAGUGUGGAGAUUACUGGGGAAGACCUGCUGGUUCUUCCUGUUACAUCAGAUACAUGGACCCAGGGGACAGUGGAGUUUACUGGUGUGAGUCCAGAGAGGGAGCAACCAGUAACAGCAUCAACAUCACUGUCACUGAUGGACCAGUGAUCCUGCAGAGUCCUGUCCUCCCUGUGACGGAGGGAGAAGACCUCACUCUGCACUGUAAAACAAAGAGGUUCUCCAACCUCCCAGCUGGUUUUUAUAAAGAUGGCUCCUUCAUCAGGACUGAGCCUGCAGGUCACAUGACCAUCCACCAUGGUUCCAAGUCUGAUGAAGGCCUCUACAAGUGCAACAUCAGCAGUGUUGGAGAGUCUCCAUCCAGCUGGGUCUCUGUCACAGAGAAACUUACGACCACAAGCCCUCCUACGACCACAGGCCUUCCUACGACCACAGGCCAAUCUCCGAGCUCAACAUCGCCCCCUGACACCACAGCUCCACCCUCUUCCCUUAUGAUCAGACUUGUCUGCCACCUGGUGGUGUUCUGUCCGUACUGCAUCUCCACUUUCAUCAUGGUGUCUUCAUAUCGACGCAGGGCCAAAGGAAUUGGCCUACCUGUUGCCAUGGUGAUGACCUCACCCACCCAGGCUGAGGAGGGAUUGGAUGAUGAAUAUGAUGAUGACAUCACCGCUGUCACCAGAGAGCAUCACUUCUGA